AUGACUGAUCCCCGAUUUUGUUAUAAGUCAGUAACAGAUAUAGACUUGGAAAUUUUCAACAAGUAUAAGAGUUCUAUUAAUAGUGAAGUUCGAAAAAAAUAUCCGUCAGUUCCAGCUAAUUUUGAACUGAAGCCAGUGCGUGUUCGACACGUCGAAGCCUGUGGCACGAUUCAUGAUUACAAAAUCGCUUUACCCGAUAACAAAUUUGUCAAAGUUUCUUUUCUGACAGGAGGUGAUUAUAUGCCACCGUCUGACCGUAAGCCAGAUUGGAAACCACCAGAGCCUCGCAUCACGGUUGACGAUACAUUAACAUCAACAGCUGAUGAAUGA